AUGGCAGAUUUUGUGGAUGUGAGGCAUGUUAAACAAUACAUGCCCCGUUUACCCACACUUGAUCGUGAUUUCAAGAUGUUAUUCAAUUUUGAAGAUCAAAAUGUACAGGGGCUUGCGGACAGAUUUUUAGGCACCAAUGAAGAAACUCGGGGAGGCGCCUUGUCAUCUUUCCAUAGAAUGAAAAUAUGUUUGCGUUACCUCAGUGAUCCUGGCUAUCAAAAAGGUAUCGGUCAAGAACUUGGUGUUAGCCAAGCAACGGUAUCACGGACUGUGAAUACAGUAGUUGAUAGCAUAAUUGCUUAUGCGAAUGAAUGGAUAAAGUUUCCAACUACCAACAGAGAAAUAGUAGAGGCAAAACAGUUAUGGCAAAGGAAGUAUAAGUUUCCGACAGCUAUUGGUGUCAUCGAUUGUACGCACGUGGGGAUACUGAAACCAAAGCUGCAUGGAGAUGAGUACAUUAAUCGAAAAGGCAAGUCUACUCUGAAUGUUCAAGCCACUUGUGAUGCCAAAGAAAUGUUCACUAGUGUUGAUGUUAGUUGGCCUGGAUCCGUGCACGACUCAAGGAUUUGGAGAAAUUCACAAGUGUGUUUACAAUUAAGAACUAAAGCUAAUGCUGUGCUACUUGGUGAUGACGGAUAUGGGAUAGAGCCAUGUCUCAUGACUCCAUAUCGAAAUCCUACAUCCCCUGCUGAGGUAAAAUAUAACAAGCUUUUCAAAAAAGAGAGAGUAACAAUUGAACGAUGCUUUGGCCAACUGAAACGUCGAUUUCCUAUCUUACAAUACGUUUGUCGCGUGAAGUCGGAAAAUGUACCGAAAAUAAUCGUUAGCUGUGUCGUGCUCCAUAACAUUGCAAAAACUUUAGGUGAGCCUGACUUCGAGCCAGCUGAAGAGAUACCAGAAGAAGAUGAAGAAAACCAUGACAACAAUCGUGAUGACAACAAUCGUGAUGAACUAGCUCUUCGCCAACAGGGACAGGAAAUCAGGAACAACUUGAGCAUUGUAAUAUACAACUUUAAUAAUUAA